AUGGCCCAACGGGAACGCAUGUCCGUGUGCGUGGUGGGCGCGGGCCCGGCGGGGCUGUGCGCGGCGCGCCAGCUGGCGGCCCACCCCGCCGCCUUCGCCUUCGACGUGUUCGAGAAGGCCGACCAGCUGGGUGGUAUGUGGCUGUACACCGACCGCACUGACAUCGACGAGCACGGCCUGCCCGUGCACUCCAGCAUCUACAAGAGCCUCCACACCAACAUCAUGCAGGAGGUGAUGGCCUACCCGGAUUACCCGUUUCCGGAAGCCGUCGGUAACUCGUACCCGUCGCAUCGAGUUGUCCUCCAGUAUCUCCAGGAUUUCGCUGCUCAUUUUAAGCUUCACCGAUAUAUUCAAUUUAAUACCGUAGUAAAGGCAGUGAGACCGCGUCCUGCGGGUUCUGGCAAGCUUUGGUCUGUGCUAUUGCAAAAUCUCAAAACGAAAGAGGAGACUGUGAAAUUUUAUGAUGGUAUAAUGAUUUGCUCUGGCUACAAUUCAAGUCCGUAUAUACCACAAAUUCCCGGGAUUGAAGCAUUCAAAGGGAAUGUUAUGCAUUGCCAUGAUCACAGAGAUCCGGAACGUUAUAAAGAUCUAACUGUGGCAGUUCUUGGAGCUUCGUUCUCUGGUAAGGAUAUGUCGUUGGAGAUAGCGACAGUUGCAAAACAAGUUUAUCUGUGUCAUAAUUUGGAACCUCUUGAGUACAAAAUGCCAAGUAAUAUCCAGCAAGUUACAAUUAUCAAAGAAGCUACAGCGGAUGGCUUCGUUUUGGAAGAUGGCUCGUCUAUUAAAGCCGAUGCUCUAUUGUACUGUACGGGCUAUAAGUAUGAUAUGCCAUUUUUAAAUUCUGACUGUGGAAUUUCUGUCAGAGGCAACAGAGUAAUACACCUCUACAAACACUCAAUCAACAUCAAGUAUCCAACAAUGGCACUAUUUGGAGUGCCAUUUGUUUUCGUAGCAUACUUCUUGAAGUCUCUCAGACAACCCUCCUUUCUCCCCAGCAAAGAAGAAAUGUAUCAAAGUGAGGAGAAAGAAUUUCAAGAUAUGCUUGCAAUGGGAAAUCCUCCAAGACAUGCUCAUAAACUGGGAAAUCUGCAAUGGGAAUAUGAAGAUAAGAUAGCAGACGAACUGGGAAUUCAAAGACUUCCUCCUGUGUACAAAGAUGAUCCAGUUGCUUUAAGAAGUGGAAAUGAGUAA